AUGUGGAAAGCAUGCUUGAACAUACUCCCAACCAAGCACCAGCUAAGACUCAGGGGCAUUGGGCAAGAUGAUAAAUACGAGUUGUGUGGUAGCUGUGAAACAUCAGGACAUGUUUUUUGGGGGUGCAAAUUGGCAAGGGAAGUAUGGGGAAACAAAAGACUGAAGUUGCCAUAUUUAGAGACCACGCCUAGGGACUUCAUAGAUAUCAUGUGGCAGAUUAAGCUCAAGAAGCCAGAGCUUGACUGGGAAUUAUUUGCAAUCACGGCAUGGAGUUUGUGGAGUAAUAGGAAUUCAGUAUGCCAUGGAGGAAAGAGCAAAGCAGCGGUAUUGAUAGCCCGAGAAGUGACUGCAUGUACGAAGGAGGUCAGGCAGACCAACGAGGUUCAGAGUAGACCUUCACCUUCAAUUGGGCAAACUUGGACUCCUCCUAGAAGGGGGUGCUACAAGAUUAAUGUUGAUGGGGCGAUGUUUAAAGAAAUGGGCUAUUGUGGGGUGGGAAUGGUCAUUAGAAAUGAGGAAGGACAGAUAAUGGGUGCAAUGAGUAAAAGGUUGGAUCUACCUUUGAAAGCGUUGGAAACGGAAGCAAAAGCAGUGAAGGAGAGCAUCAUCCUUGCCAGGGACCUCAGCCUAAGGAACAUUAGUGUGGAAAGCGAUGCCCAGGUUGUUGUAAAAUCCUUGAAUGCACAGGGCCUAGCAUCGAGCUCCAUCCAUAAGGUGAUUGAAGGAACAAAAAUGGAACUCCGUGGUUUUGAUUCAUGGGAAGUAAACCACAUUUGCAGAGACAAAAACUCUACAGCACAUCUCAUUGCAAAGCAUGCCAAGUUUAUAUCUGAUUGUUGUGUAUAG